AUGAGUUAUGUGUGUAAGUCAAAUGUUGUUGGUAACAUUGAGAAAUGUAUUAUGGAAAAAUAUGUUCAAGAUUGGUUUAAUGGUAUUAAUAGAAUAACUAGUAAUAGUGGUAAAGGCAACAAUAAAUUAAGGACAUACUGUACAUUUAAAUCUGAAUUUAUUGUUGAAGAUUAUUGUAAAAUUAUUCUGCCAAGAAAACAUAUGUCUGCCUUAUGUAAAUUUCGAUGUGGUGUAGCACCAAUACGUAUGGAGAGUGGUAGAUAUGAAAAUUUACAAGUUGAAAAUAGAAUUUGCCCGUUCUGUCCAAAUAUUGUGGAAGAUGAAAAACAUGUUAUUUUGAAAUGUUCCUUGUAUAAUGAUUUAAGGGAGUCUCUUUUCAGUUAUGUAUUUAAAAACAAUGAAAAUUUCAAGAAUUUGCCAGAACAAGAACAACUGAAAUACCUGUUUACAAACCCAUUGUUAGUAAGAUCUGUUGCCAAAACCUGUUGUAAAAUUCUAGACCGUCGUAAAUUGUACUUAUUUUUAAAUAAAAUAACAUUUUUAUUUUUUAUUUUUCAGGAAUUAGAUACAUUGUUGGGUGCGUUUGGGUUAACUGAACCUUCUUCCACAAACAGUACACAGUCUUAUUUGUCUCGUGCUAAUGAUACACAUGAGGACAGUGAAGAUGAAAUAGAGACCACAGAUAACAUUGACACCCACGUUAGCAGGUACUUAUCACAAGAAUCUGUGACUUAUCAAGUAGAUUCUGAAAAUGAUGAUCCACAGUUUGACUUAGAUAAACUGGACAGUGUUUAUGACAAGGGUUGUGGGUGUUCUAAGAACUGUUUCUUGCAGUUUUCUGUCGAAGAAAUUAGAUCAAACAUAUAUAAUUUGAGGGAAUUGACAAAAACAGAAAAGGAGCUGUUAAUUAUGGGAACAUUAAAAAAAAUCGGAGAUGCUUUUCUUGUAAUUUAUGACAUAGGUUUAUGGACAGUUAGAGCUCUCCUGAAACAUAUGAAAGAAAAAGGCGUUCAACCUCGAGUUCAUGGGAAUUUUGGUAGAAAAGCACCUAACGCGUUUUCGCAUGACACCAUUAAAGAUGCAGUGCAGUUUCUCCUGAAUUAUGCUAGUGAGGAAGGGCUUCCACAGCCAGCAGCUCCACGUGGCCGGGGAGAAAAAGCACCAGUCUACCUUCCUUCAAAAAAUACUAAGCUUUCAAUUCAUCAAGAAUAUGUUACAGCAUGCAGUCAAAUUGAAAAGCAAUAUGUUGGCCUGUCUACUUUUAAAGAUCUAUGGAAAAGAUGUGUUCCUCACAUUAAAAUAGCUGCUCCAAAAGAUGACGUAUGCAAAACUUGUGAGGAUUUUCGCCAAGAUAUACAGCUAGCAAGAACAGAAGAUGAAAAACUGUCUGCCACAGAGAAAUAUCAUAAUCAUGUAUUACAAGCUAGGAAAGAAAGAGAAAUAUACCGGGAGUGUGUUGAAAGAUCAACAAACAUGUUUAAGAGAUUAAGGCGACAAGACGAAAGAAGUGGAGACAACUUUUCAUGCAACGACGUACACUACACGUUCGAUUUCUCACAAUAUGUCAAAUUACCCCACCACACCAGGGAAAAAGGCCCGACAUACUUUAUUCAACCCAGAAAAAUCCAGAUCUUUGGAUACAGAGUGGAUGGAGACAAACAGUACAACUUCCUUAUUGAUGAGAAUGAGACAAUAGGACGUGAUGGCCAAUUGGUACAUGGACCUGACGCUGUAAUAUCUAUGUUAGACCAUGCAUUUGCCAAUUAUAGUUUGGGUGAAAAUGAGUGUAGCUUGCAUGCAGACAACUGCUUUGGUCAAAACAAGAACCGUUACGUCCUCGGUUACCUGUCUUGGAGAAUUAUGACGCAGCGUCACCAGAAAAUCACGUACAUGAUGCAACUUCCUGGACACACACGGUGUUUGAUCGAUGCAGGAUUUGGGAACAUUAAGACACUGUACCGUAGGAAGGAUUGUGACACAUUACAACAUAUAGCUGAAGUCGUUAGCAACAGUUCCCAUAGUAACCAGCCUGUUACCUAUGGCGGAGGAAGUGGAUGGGUUUGGAGGGCAUGGAAAACUUUCAUUGGUGAUAGAUUUAAGAAAGUGCCAAAUGUCGCAAAAUAUCACUUCUUCCGUUUUAGUUCUGAGGAGCCAGGGGUUGUGUACAUGAGGCAAUCAGCUGUUGAUGAAAACGAGGUGCGCUUCGUUAUUUGCAAAACGCACCUGUUGGAGAUGGCCAGAGAUGACGUCCCGUCUCAGAUAGUUCCUCCCGGUCUAUCUGCUGAACGUGUGCGUUACCUGUACCGGCACGUGCGUCCUCUAGUCAGACGACCAUUUCAGGAUGUUUUAUGCCCUGCUCCAGAAGAGUCGUAAAGUGUUCGGACUGUUUUAGUUUAGUUUUAUAAAUGACAGUUAUAAAUGACAAUUAAGUAAACAUGUGA